UAAUAGCUACUGGAGAUUCAGAAUUGAUACAAGAUGGCCUCACAGAAUAUCACAUACGGAGUGCCGUCUCAGGCCCUCCCAAUGCCGAAUAAAUACCACAGACUUGUUCACUUGGAUCUGAAAGGAGCUCCACCAAAGAUGGAUUAUCUUUUGAAGGUAUUACCCCUGUUCAAGGAAUGGGGUGCCACAGGGCUUCUGGUGGAGUAUGAGGACACCUUCCCAUACUCAGGAGAGCUAGAGGUACUCCAGAAAGGUGAGGAGGUUUACAGUUUGGCAAAUGUAGCCACUCUCCAACAAACAGCUAGAAAUCUUAGUCUGGAAUACAUUCCUCUUAUUCAGACAUUUGGUCAUUUAGAGUUUGUGUUGAAGCAUUCACAGUUCAGUCAUCUGAGAGAAGACCCAGAGGACAGGAGGAGUUUAUGCCCAUCUAAUCCUGAAUCGAUAGUGUUAGUCCGAUCUAUGAUUGACCAAGUCAUGACGCAACACCCAAACCUGAAAUACUUUCACAUAGGUGCUGAUGAGGUAUGGAUGAAGAAGAGAUGUGCCAGGUGCUGUGAGCGGAUCAGAGACAGCUUCCAUGGAGAGCCUGUUGGACUGUUUGUAAGCCACGCCAAGGCUGUGCUGCUCUACCUCAAGGAGACAUAUCCCCACGUCAGAGCGAUCAUGUGGGACGACAUGCUACGCAAUGCCAAGUAUGACUUCAUCAAAGAUUCCAAUUUGCACGAGCUUGUUGAUAUCAUGGUUUGGAAUUACCUGGAUAACUCCGAGAACUUUCACAGGAAUACACCCGAGACGGUCUGGCAACUCUACGGCAAGGUCUUCGAGAAUGUCUGGAUCGCUUCCGCUUUCAAAGGUGCUUUUGGGCCAUCGCUGUUCCUGACACCGGAGUUGGAACACAUAAGGAACCAGGAGCUGUGGGCCGGAGACCUGUCCCGUACCAUCCCCAAACACCUCGAUUUCAAGGGAAUAGUAUUCACCGGGUGGCAGAGGUACACCCAUGAAACGGUCUUGUGUGAGCUGUUGCCCGUUGGACUGCCUUCACUUGCAUUCUGUCUACAAACUUUCAUGCAAGGUCAUUUUAGCGAGGAGUUACAUCAAAGCAUAUCACAACGGUUGGGUUUCCCGGGGCUUCUAGACUUGGAGAUAGAAACCAACCUGCCAUUAUCCGAGGUGCCUGUGGGUGUACCAAUGGGUACUUUUCCUGGUUGUGAGAUGUACAUGUGUGCCAGGCAGCUGGCUACCAUCCAGUCGUCAAGAGAGGGACAAACGUUUUUCAAGCUCACAAGUGCCUUUGUGGAUAAAGAGGAAGAGGCAUUGUCUUCAGAGAAACCUGGUUCGUCACUUGCCCCUCUCUCUGAAGAUGAAACGGGACCAGUUCUGAGCCUCCUUUCCAAGCUGACAGUCCUGAAAUCGACGGCGGAGCGGGCACUUGGUGAAGUCUACCAGCCUUCCACUUCCAAGGAGUGGCUUGAUCUGUGUGUCGUGCCUCUCUUGAAACGGCUGGAGAGGAGACUAGCAGCAACCAAAGCCCUGGAUCAGUGAUAACUCCUGGACAACAGGGUCUAGGCCUCUCUUGAAACACCUGGAGAGGAGACUGGCAGCAACCAAAGCCCUGGAUCAGUGAUAACUCCUGGACAACAGAGUCUAGGUAUCGAGCAAUAGUAGUACUUCCAAGGGCU